GGGCGACCAAAAUUCCUCUGGCAUCCUGAAAUACUACAAAUCUGGUCAACAUUCACCCUAAUCUUCAUUUUUCUUUCGUGAUCACUCGAGUCCACCGCAAAGACUGCCACAUCACAGACAGAGAUCGCUUUAACAACAUGACUCAUUCACGUGCGAGUACAAAAGUCGUCGUUAUUGGGGGAGGCGGCACCAUGGGUUCUUCAACGGCACUGCACUUGAUCCGUUCUGGAUACACCCCCUCGAACAUCACGGUCUUGGAUGUAUAUCCGAUUCCUUCGGCUCAAUCUGCCGGGCAUGACCUCAACAAGAUCAUGAGCAUCCGAUUGCAAAACAAGCCAGAUUUGCAGCUAUCGCUAGAAGCUCUCAAUAUGUGGAAGAACGAUGCUUUAUUCAAGCCCUUCUUCCACAAUGUUGGCCUGAUCCACUGUUCGUCGUCGAAGGAAGGCAUUGAAAAUCUUCGACGGGCGCACCAAUCCCUCAUUGCCGCGAAUGGUGAGCUGGAGAAGACGAACAUCUGGUUGGGUAGUGAGGAUGAGAUCCUGGCGAAAGUGCCUCCUUUUACGCGAGACCAAGUCGAGGGAUGGAAAGGCCUACUUUACGGUGAGGGAGGUUGGCUUGCUGCAGCCAAGGCCAUCGAUGCUAUAGGGCAGUUCCUCAAAAGCCAAGGCGUCAAUUUUGGGUUUGGCCGUGCUGGAACCUUUACGCGACCUCUCUUCGCCGAGGACGGAACGACAUGCAACGGCGUUGAAACAGUAGACGGAACAAAAUACUAUGCCGAUAAAGUGGUUCUGGCUGCCGGUGCUUGGAGUCCGACUUUGGUAGAUUUGGAGGACCAAUGUGUUUCAAAGGCCUGGGUUUUUGCUCAUAUCCAACUCAAGCCUCAAGAGGUGGCCGAGUACAAAGAUAUUCCUGUGAUAUAUGACGGUGAAUACGGUUUCUUCUUUGAGCCAAAUGAGCACGGAGUAAUCAAGGUGUGCGACGAGUUUCCAGGGUUUUCCCACUUCGAGUGGCAUCAACCUUAUGGUGCCACGGUUCCCAAACACAUCUCUGUUCCUCGGUCACACGCCAAACAUCCAACAGAUACCUACCCAGAUGCUUCCGAAGCAAGCAUUCGAAAGGCGAUGGCCAGAUUCAUGCCACGCUUCAAGGACCAAGAGCUUUUCAACCGGUCAAUGUGCUGGUGCACAGAUACUGCUGACGCCAACUUGUUGAUCUGCGAGCAUCCCAAGUGGAAGAACUUUAUAUUGGCCACGGGAGACAGCGGACAUAGUUUCAAGUUUUUACCGAACAUUGGCAAGCACGUGGUUGAGCUAAUAGAAGGAUCUCUUUCUCAAGAUCUGUCCGAUGCGUGGAGAUGGAGACCUGGAGGCGAUGCUCUCAAGUCGAGACGCGGCGCUCCAGCAAAGGAUCUGUCAGACAUGCCAGGCUGGAAACAUGGCGCAGAGUGAAGGUCUACAACUUUCGUUGUAUGAUACCAGGGCUCGGUGGGAUUUGUUGCAGGAGCCCACAGCCGCCUAUGGCCUCAUAAUUCCCUUGCCUAGCUAUUUCGUGAUAGUCAUCACAAUACACAUAUCUUUGACCUCUUGACAGGAUCGACGACAGGAUAUAGGCGCAGUAAUAUUAGAUUGAUUAGCUAGGCCUUUACAAG